AUGCCUCACGCCGUCCAACGCACACUUACAGUAAAAAAGCUAUUCGAGCAAGACAUAGCCGGUCUCAAAUCCUACGAGUCACCAAAUCAACCAUGUCCACUAAAGUUCGAUCUCGUAACCUCAGCCACCCAACUCAAAGAAGAAGACCUCCAAGCCUGCCUCGAGCUAAUAGAGCAAACAUCCGGCGACGAUUACCGCGCCUCGAGAAUCGGCUGGAACACGCGCAAAAAGCGAGAAGAAAUGAUGGACAAAGACAUGAUAUACCUUCUCGUCCGGCGAGCCAACCCCGACACAGUACCACCAACAACAGCAACAUCCCCCAACACCCCCAUCCUUGGCUUCACCUCCUUCAUGUUCACCUGGGACGACCCACCCCACCAAGACCGCGCCGUCGUCUACAUCUACGAGAUCCACCUCUCCCCUACCCUGCGCAAGCAGGGUCUGGGCUCACGACUAAUGAGCUUCGUGGAAGCCGUCGCGCGCGCCUGCAGUAUCGAGAAGACGAUGCUAACCGUCUUCGUAGCGAAUGCGGGAGCGAAGAAGAUGUAUGAGAAGUUGGGGUAUGAGAGGGAUGAGUGUAGUCCUGUUGAUCGGGUGAUGCGGCGGAAGGUGGUUAGAGCAGAAUACGUUAUUAUGAGUAAGGCUGUCUCUUGA